UUGCUGAGUCGUUUUCUGAGAAGAGACCAUAUUUGUUCGCAGAGGAAGCCGCUGCUUUCUGGGAUCAGGUUAAAGCAGAAAAGACGUCUACUCCAACAAGUGUGCUCCAGAGGGUGGCAGGGAGUUGGAAGAGUCAAGGACACAUCCACGCUCUGGAGUUGGGGUUCUCUGUCCAUGGGUGUAGCACCAAUGCCCAGCGUGUGAGCUUUGUCCUGGGAAAGCAGCCAUGGCAUUGAGGAACGUGCCCUUCCGCUCAGAGGUCCUGGCCUGGGACCCCAACAGCCUUGCAGACUAUUUCAAGAAGCUGAACUACAAGGACUGUGAAAAGGCUGUAAAGAAGUAUCACAUUGAUGGGCUGAGGUUUUUGAACCUGACAGAAAAUGACAUCCAGAAGUUCCCUAAGCUUCGGGUGCCAAUUCUCAGUAAAUUAAGUCAAGAAAUCAACAAGAAUGAAGAGAGAAGGAGCAUUUUCACACGCAAACCCCAAGUGCAGCGGUUUCCUGAAGAGACAGAGAGCCAUGAAGAAGAUAAUGGGGGCUGGUCAUCCUUUGAAGAAGAUGACUAUGAAAGUCCCAAUGAUGACCAGGACGGGGACGAUGAUGGUGACUAUGAGUCCCCAAAUGAGGAGGAAGGGACACCCAUGGAAGAUGAUGCCGAUUAUGAGCCACCACCCUCUAAUGAUGAGGAAGCUCUGCAGAACUCCAUCCUGCCCGCCAAGCCCUUCUCCAACUCCAACUCCAUGUACAUCGACCGGCCCGCCACCAGCAAGGUUCCACAGCAGCCGCCUGUGCCCCCCCAGAGACCGAUGGCGGCCCUUCCUCUUCCGCCAGCCGGACGGAGCCAUUCGCAGCCACUACCCCCACCCCAGCCCAACCAUGAAGAGCCUAGCAGAAGCAGAAACCACAAAACAGCAAAGCUGCCUGCUCCUUCAAUAGACAGAAGCACAAAACCUCCCCUCGAUCGUUCAUUGGCCCCAUUUGACAGAGAGCCCUUCACAGUAGGAAAGAAACCGGCCUUUUCUGACAAACCCUCCACCCCAGCAGGAAGGCCUCUUGGGGAGCAUUUACCCAAAAUACAAAAGCUUCCUUUACCACCUUCCAUGGAAAGGCAUGACAGAAGUAGUCCGCUGCCAGGGAAGAAACCACCGGUGCCAAAGCAUGGAUGGGGACCAGACAGAAGAGAGAAUGAUGAAGAUGAUGGGCAUCAGAGACCUUUGCCCCAGCCAGCACUGCUGUCCAUGAGCUCUAACACUUUCCCUUCAAGAUCUACCAAGCCAUCACCCAAGCACUCCCUCCCAUCGUCUCACACGCCUGGAGCAUUCUCAGAAAGUAACAGUAGCUUUCCACAGAGUGCCUCCCUGCCUUCAUACUUCUCUCAAGGACCUAGCAACAGAACAUCUCCCAGACCUGAAGGCAGGAACUUUUCUUUGCCAGUUCCAAACAAACCCCGGCCAGCAUCCCCUGGGGAAGAAGAGAAUUCAUUAAAUGAAGAGUGGUAUGUUUCUUAUAUUACUCGACCAGAGGCAGAAGCUGCUCUUAGAAAGAUAAACCAGGAUGGCACUUUUCUAGUUAGAGACAGCUCUAAAAAAACAAUAACCAAUCCGUAUGUCCUCAUGGUGUUGUACAAAGAUAAAGUUUACAACAUCCAGAUCCGCUACCAGGAGGAAAGCCAAGUUUACUUGUUGGGAACUGGACUCCGAGGGAAAGAGGACUUUUUGUCUGUGUCAGAUAUAAUCGACUACUUCAGGAAAAUGCCACUUCUGCUCAUUGACGGGAAAAACCGAGGGUCCAGAUACCAGUGCACAUUAACUCAUUCCGCAGGGUAUCUCUAGCAAGUUAGCCAGGCAAAUGAGCCUUCCUCCUGCCUCUGUUGCCAGCAUGGGAAGAUCAGUCAACUUUGGUGAAUGGACAGACACACAGGACCAAGUCCAACCUUUCAACAUGAACACAAGGGUUUUGUCCUUUUGCAUAGAAAUGUGUUUGAAAUGAAGACUGUCAAAUAUCCCAUAAUUUAUUUAUUCUUCUUCAUUGUUUGUAAAGUGCAUGAGUAAUAAUGUUCACACUUGAAGUCUAGUAAGGCACUAGAAUAAUUCAUUUUUUAAAAUGUGUAUUUUUGAAUACCCAUUUCAAAGCACUGUUUCGCACAGCUACAGAAAUAAGUUGGGGCAAUUUUAAAAACACUGAAACCGUAAUAGUUUUUGGUAUCACAUAAAACUGAUUUUUUUUUUAUAGCCAAACCUUUGUCAGUCAGAGGUGAUCAUCACUUUUAUAUGUAUAACUUGAAAAUAACAAAAAUUCACUUUCAUAGCAGUAAUAAUUUAAGAGAGUUCAAAAUGAUCUUGUUCUUUACUUGGUGUUUUUUGCUGGGGGAGUUUUGUAUACUUUUUUAUGAAAAGAUAAAUGAAUGAUGGGAUAACUUCCUAGGAUUAAAAUUAAUUUGCCUUUUGCUUUA